UGCGGGCUGUGAGCCGCUCGCCCUACGGCUGUACACCAUGGCCCAAACAGAGAAGAAAGGUGGACUGCUCUGGAAAUCUUCAGCCUCCAAGAAACCAUUGAAAGAGAAAGUUGUGCUAAUGUACGAUGAGAUCUUCAUGACGGAGGACCCCAGUAAAUGCAGCCCUCGGUUCUGGGAGGAGCUUUUCCUCAUGAAGGUGAACCUGGAGUAUCUAGAAAGCAAGCUGGAGUCUCUGGAUGGAGAAGAGUUAAUGAAGAUAAAAGAUAACAUUAACUGUUUGUUCCAACACUGCAUCCAGGCCUUGGGAGAAGAGCACCCAAUCCGAGUAGUCAAUGCGUUACAGACGUUAUGUGCGUUGAUUCGCGGCGUCCAUCAGAAGAACAAAUCCACCUCUGGGUUUGACAUCAUCAACAUGCUCAUGGGCUUUGACAAAGCAGAGCUGUGCAUGAAGAAUCUGAUGGAGAGCUUGGACUCGCUGCUUUGUGCAGAAGGCUCCGAAAGCCUGAAGAGUUUGUGUCUGAAGCUGCUUCUCUGCUUGGUAACGGUGACAGACAACAUCAGCCAGAACACAAUCCUGGAAUAUGUGAUGAUUAACAGUAUAUUUGAAGCUAUUUUACAGAUUCUGUCCAACCCACCUAGUCGCAGGGAGCAUGGUUAUGAUGCUGUUGUCCUCCUUGCUUUGCUAGUUAACUACAGAAAGUAUGAGUCGGUGAAUCCCUACAUUGUGAAACUCUCUAUUGUAGAUGACGAGGCCACACUCAACGGAAUGGGACUGGUCAUCGCCCAGGCAUUAUCCGAGUACAACAGGCAGUACAAAGAUAAGGAAGAGGAGCACCAGAGUGGCUUUUUCUCAGCCUUAACCAAUAUGGUGGGCAGCAUGUUCAUAGCCGAUGCCGAUGAGAAAAUCUCCGUCCAAACGAAUGAGGCAAUUCUUCUGGCCCUCUACGAAGCCGUUCACUUGAACCGGAACUUCAUCACCGUGUUGGCACAGAGCCAUCCAGAAAUGGGGUUGGUGACAGUGCCGAUAAGCCCAAUUCCAACAACGCCAGUCACUCCGCUUGGGACCACUCCGCCUUCUUCAGACGUUAUAAGCUCUGCAGAGCUGCCUUUGGAUGCCGAUGUGCAGACCAGCAACUUGCUGAUAACCUUCUUAAAGUACAGCUCAAUUGUCAUGCAGGACACAAAAGACGAACACCGGCUCCACAGCGGCAAGCUCUGUCUGAUUAUCCUGACGUGCAUAGCAGAGGAUCAAUACGCUAAUGCUUUUUUGCAUGAUGACAACGUGAAUUUUCGAGUAAACCUGCACAGGAUGCCAAUGAGACACAGGAAGAAAGCCGCAGACAAGAACCUGCCCUGCCGCCCCCUGGUAUGUGCAGUCUUAGAUCUGAUGGUGGAGUUCAUCGUAACACACAUGAUGAAAGAGUUUCCUAUGGAUCUGUAUGUGCGGUGCAUUCAGAUCGUGCACAAGCUGCUGUGCUACCAGAAGAAAUGCAGAGUGAGGCUUCAUUAUACCUGGCGGGAGCUCUGGUCAGCUCUGAUCAACUUGCUGAAGUUCCUCAUGUCCAAUGAGACUGUGCUAUUGGCAAAACACAACAUCUUCACCGUGGCGCUCUUGGUAGUGAACUUGUUCAACAUGUUCAUCACCUACGGAGACACCUUCCUCCCAACUCCCAGCAGCUACGAUGAGCUGUACUACGAGAUCAUCCGUAUGCACCAGAAUUUCGAUAACCUCUACUCCAUGGUGCUCCGGCUUUCGACCAAUGCCGGUCAGUGGAAGGAGCCUGCCAGCAAGGUGACGCAUGCAUUAGUCAAUAUCAGAGCCAUCAUCAACCACUUCAACCCAAAGAUCGAGUCUUACGCUGCAGUGAAUCACAUCUCCCAGCUGUCGGAGGAGCAGGUCUUGGAGGUUGUCCGCUCUAACUAUGACACGCUAACCCUGAAGCUGCAGGACGGGCUGGAUCAGUACGAGCGCUACUCGGAACAGCACAAGGAGGCUGCCUUCUUCAAAGAACUGGUUCGGUCCAUCAGCAUCAACGUGCGGCGGAACCUUGCCUUCAACACGCUGAGCCAGGAGGUCCUUCUGAAAGAGUUCUCCACCAUCUCUUGA